UAAGAAAAAAAAGAAACAAUUAAGAAAUGAUAAAAUGGCUAAAACCAGGAAAUAAUUAUCAAUAAAUACAAAAGAGGGCGGCACCAUGUGACCAGAGUACCAUGACUUUAAAAAAACAAACAUCCACCCUUGGACACAAGUCUUGUGAGUGGAUAACCAGUGUUUUACAAAACCUAGAAAAAGCAUCUGCUUUCUCGAGAGUUCCACUGGCAGCCUGUAAAGGGUGGUGGAAGGGGGAUUGUAACAGGUCAGACCCUCAGCAGCUGAUACCAGCCACUCUAUAAAUAACCUACAGGGCCCCGCAUUUGAGCACACUGACUGAGCAAACCCACACACUUCUUCAUCUCCUGUGACUGAAAGGAAUAGCAACAGUUCUCUUUUUGAACAAAAAUGAAUCAGCCUAAAAUCACUCGACCUGGGGAGAGCCAGCCUGCACAUGCUCUGUGGUUUGACAGAAAGAAAUAUGUCACUGUCAACUUCUUGGUUCAUAAACCUAAAGAUGUUCAAGUUGAUAUCCAGAUGGAUAAAAUGAUUUUAUGCUGCAAAAAUGACACAGACGAUGUUUUCUACAACGAGUUGUACUUUUACGACCAAAUCCAGAAAUUUGAUUCCCGAGAGAGAGUCUAUGACCGAACAAUUAACGUCUUGCUGAGGAAGAUGAAACCUGAUUUUGCGUGGCCUCGUCUGCAGAAAGAUCCUGCAAAGCCCAGUUGGAUAUCUGUGGACUUUGACAACUGGAGGGACUGGGAGCAUGAAGAAGAGGAGGGAAAGGAAGAGUUUGACAAAUAUGCAGAUAUGAUCCAGGAAAUGGCCCAAAAUAAACCAGGAGGGGCACCAGACAUGGGAGAUCUAAGUGAUUUCGUUACCUCUGUAGUAUCAUGCUGCCCUGCAGAGCUAAAACAAGAAGUGAAUGGGAAGAAAGAAACCCUGAGAGGAUUCAACGUUAAACUCCAAGAUACCAUCCUGUUUCCUGAGGGAGGAGGCCAGCCAGACGAUCGUGGGCUCAUAGGGGAGGUCCCAGUUUUGAGGGUGAAGAGGCAAGGGCCGGACGCCUUACACUUUGUGGCUUCGCCGCUGGAGGAGGGUCAGGAGGUGCGUCUGAAGGUGGACUGGGACAGGAGGUUUGAUCACAUGCAGCAACACUCAGGUCAGCAUUUAAUCACAGCUCUGGCAGACAAAAUGUUUGGCUACAAAACCACAUCCUGGGAACUUGGUCAUCAGAGAAGCACCAUUGAGCUGGACACUCCCUGUGUGACACCGGCACAGCUUCAGGAACUAGAAGAAGCCGUGAACGAGAAGAUCCGAGCUCACCUCCCCGUUAGCGUUCAGCUUCUUUCUGUAGAUGAUCCCGCUUUGGAAAAGGUGAGGAGUCGGGGGUUGCCUGAGGACCAUGCAGGACCCGUUCGGAUCGUCAGCAUAGUGGGCAUUGACGAGAACAUGUGCUGUGGAACGCAUGUGUCAAACCUCAGUCACUUACAGGUAAUAAAGCUGCUGGGAACCGAAAAAGGAAAGAAAAACAAAACCAACCUGAUCUUUCUCGCUGGAAGCAGAGUUCUAAAGUACGCAGAGAGAAGCUACAACACGGAGCGCUCGCUGGUGUCUUUGCUGAAAACAGGACCCGAUGAGCACGUCGAGGCCGUGGACAAGCUGCAGAAAUCUGUUAAGCUGCUGCAAAAGACCAACUUGAGCCUCCUGCGAGAUCUGGCCGUCCUCAUUGCCCAAAACUUUAGGAACGACCCUCAAAGGGGAAACUUCUUCAGUUUACACAAAAAAGAGGGCGACAAUGAGUUUAUGAAUAUAAUCGCCAAUGAAAUAAACACAGAGGAAACGUUGGUUUUCCUGACUGUUGGCGAGGAAAAAGGACCCGGUUUGUUCCUUCUGGCUGGACCGAGCAAACUGGUGACUGACACGGGAUCUCAGGUUUUAGAGCUGCUUCAAGGGAAGGGCGCCGGGAAGAACGGGCGAUUUCAAGGCAAAGCCACCAGCAUGGCGAGGAGAGGAGAGGUGGAGGCUCUACUGAGGCGGCGCUGUCAACACGGCGGCUCUCAAGAAGAAUAAACUCAAUGAAAGGAUUUAACACACGGAAAAGUCAAAUCAAUUAUUUUCAUAAAACUGAAACCGUAGAUUUUUAAUUUUUUUUGCAUUGCUGGUAUUGGAAUAGAUGUCUGAGAUUAAAUAAAUCAAGAAAAAUAUGAUCAAA